GGCCGCGGCCCGUCGAAUGACUCCGUGCAACGUGUUGGUGGCAGCGGCGGCGGCUGCGGCUCUUCCGGGCGCCGCAGCUUCCUGCCGAGCACCGCGCAGCCGCCUCCGCCGCGGAAGCCCCGGGUGCAGGCCUCGGCGCCGGUGCGGGACCCGGGCUGAGCCGCGCGCGCCCCGCGGGGCCCCGGCCGCCCGACCGCACGAUGCGCGCCGCGCCGCCGCCCGCGCCGCUCCUGCCGCUGCUGCUGCUGCUCGCGCUCCUGGCCGCGCCCGCCGCCCGCGCCCGCAGAGCCGAGUCCGCCUUGGCGCCGCCGCCCGAGCCCGAGCGCCGACCGCGGCCGUCGCCCGGCCCCGGGCCCGGGAACGCCACCCGCACGGGGUCCGGGGCGCCGGCGGGCGGCGGCGGCGGCGGCGGCUCCAACAGCAGCGGCGACGCCCUGGUGACCCGCAUCUCCAGCCUGCUCCGCGACCUGCCCACCCUGAAGGCGGCCGUGAUAGUGGCGUGCGCCUUCACCGCGCUGCUCAUCGCCUGCCUGCUGCUGCGCGUCUUCAGGUCGGGAAAGAGGUUGAAGAAGACCCGCAAGUACGACAUCAUCACUACUCCCGCCGAGCGCGUGGAGAUGGCUCCGCUGAACGAGGAGGACGACGAGGACGAGGACUCCACAGUAUUUGACAUCAAAUACAGGUAAAAUCUGUUUGCAGCAUGUUGGCAUCCUGUGGAUCAGUCAGCUGCCGCCUGGGGUGUGAAGCAUCCGGAAACUGUCUCUUCUGAGGUGUUGAGACCGAAACAAACAUUGUUGAUGAAACUCUGGCACCGCUGCGUGUGUCCAGCGUCGGUUCAGAUUGUCACCACAGCAGAGUCGCCUCUACCACCUUCUGGACGCCCCUUUAAAAUCUCACCCUUUCCUCCUCAAGAGGGCUUUUGCCUUGCUCAGGGGCAGGCGUAGAAACAUUUUGACUUAAAAAAAAAAAUUUAAGGUAACUGUUGACAAAAGUAAAGGGUAAAGAUCAGAAGUUAACAGGAACCCGAAAACGCAAAAGCCUGAAGGAUACUCAGCUUAUAAUCUCUGACAUUCUGCUCUCCUGGAUCUACAACAUUCAGACAUCUGCCCUUUUGGUGAUCUUUUGGGUUUGGUCAGAUUCUGGCCUGCUUUUGGCGAUGGCUGUGCGAAAAUUCAGAGUUGAAAUGUUGAGAGCUAGGCAGCCCUAGCAGAAGUACAACUGG